GCUCACCGGGACGUUGGGCGUGAGGGUCACCGGCACCUACAGUUCCGUUUCCGUUUUUCCUCCAGAGCCAUGGCUACCGUAACGACACUGAGGUUCCUAUUGACAGUAGACAGAUGGCGCCGCAGCCGUGCAGUAAUUUUUCAGUUCCGAACGCUCGCCGUCCUCGUGCCCGGUGUGACCCAGAUAGAUAACAAGUCCGAUUUUCUGGGGAAAAAGCCCCAUCGUAAGCACCCCGGCAUCCUACAGCUUCCGUACGUGCGGCUGCCGCAGGCGCUGACUAACGCCGCCCGGGUACUACUGGCUGAGAGCUCAAUGUCCAAUGUCGAGAAGGAGGUGCAUGCACUGACCAGUUAUCUCUGGAGCCGACAUUUGCCUGUAGAGCCAGAGGAGUUGCAAAGACGGGCAAUACAUCUUGAGAAAAAAUUCUCGGAAAACCAAGACUUACCUCAGACAGAGGAGAAACUUCGUGAAGCAGUACUACAUGUCCUACGCAAAACUACUUACCACUGGCAAGAACUGAGCUACAAUGAGGAACUGAGUCUGGUGUAUAUGGCAGCAAGACUGGAUGGUGGCUUUGCAGCAGUCUCCAGGGCAUUCCAUGAGAUCAGGAUUCGGAUUCCAGAGUUCAAGCCACAAACCUUGAUGGACUUUGGUUCUGGUACUGGUUCUGUCACCUGGGCUGCUCACAAUACUUGGGGCCAGAGCCUUCGAGAGUAUAUGUGUGUGGACAGAUCAGCUGCCAUGUUGGAUUUGGCAGAAAAGCUACUGAAAGGUGGUUCACAAACAGGAGAGCCUUAUGUUCCAGGUGUCUUUUUCAGACAGUUUCUACCUGUGUCACCCAAGGUACAAUUUGACGUGGUCGUAUCAGCCUUUGCCCUAAGUGAACUGCCUAGCAAAGCUGACCGAACUGAGGUGGUUCAAACUUUGUGGCGUAAGACAAGCCAUUUUCUGGUAUUGUUGGAGAAUGGAACGAAAGCUGGCCACCGCCUUCUUAUGGAUGCCAGGGACCUGGUUCUUAAGGGAAAAGAGAAGUUACCUUCAGAUCCUCGGCCUAGCUUUGUCUUUGCCCCCUGUCCCCAUGAACUUCCUUGUCCUCAGUUGACAGCCUCUCAGCCCCUGGCCUGUAGCUUCUCUCAGGCUUACCAUCCAAUCCCCUUCAGCUGGAACAAGAAGCCAAAGGAGGAAAAGUUCUCCAUGGUGAUUCUUGCCCGGGGGUCUCCAGAGGAGGUUAAUCGUUGGCCACGAAUUACUCAACCUGUGCUUAAACGGCCUCGUCAUGUGCAUUGUCACCUGUGCUGUUCAGAUGGACAUAUGCAGCAUGCUGUCAUCACAGCCCGCCGGCAUGGCAGGGAUUUGUAUCGCUGUGCCCGUGUCAGCUCCUGGGGAGAUCUUUUACCUGUGAUCACUCCGUCUGAAUUUCCUCUCUCCCCUGCUCAAGAUCCCCCUGAGAAUUCCAUAAGAGUUGACAAGGAUAUGUAACAAAUACUUUCUUCCAUCAUACCUGCCAAGGCUGAAGCUACGUGGUAUCCAGUAAGAGAAUGCCAGUACGCCUGCAUUUCUGCAUUUGUUUGAAGUUUUAAUAAUAAUAAAUUUUUAAAGAAUGGUA